AUGACGUCACAACUGUGCGCGAGCUUCUUUCACUAGCUCGUAUUGCAAAGCUGUGUGGUGACCUUUCGUCCUGAUGCAUUGUGGGUGCCUCUCUGUUUAGUGGCCCCUGUCAUCUACCGACCCUGCUGCAGGUCUGAAGAUCGGCAAAUAAAAAUGGCUCUGGUGUGCCGCAAUGUUUUGCAGAGGAGAACAUUGGGAUUAAAGCUUUUGACAGGACACCCUUCCAUGUCACUGGUGUGGACUGACUGGAUCCGCCAAAAGUUUACCAAGUCUCGCGUCCCUAAAGAAACAUUUCAACCAAAGCCAGAAGAUCAUGAAAAAUAUGGAGGAGAUCCACAACAACCUCAUAAAUUACACCUUGUCACUAGAGUAAGAUCCUGGGUUGGAAGACCAUACUGGGAAAAAGAAGUGAUUGACAGACUGGGACUUCAAAAGGCUCACAGACCAGUUGUGCAUAAGAACAUCCCAUCAGUCAACGAUCAGCUUAAAGUCAUCAAGCACUUAGUAAGAGUCAAGCCGUUGAAACUACCUUAUGGACUUCCAACAGAGGAGGACAUGUCGGACACUUACCUGAACAGCUUAGGCCAGCUGGUGAUUUGUAAAAAGCUGGAGCCAAUUGACAUGAAAUCAAUUGAAUCAUAAUGUGUGUCAUUUCUGUUAUUUGUAAAAUAAAGCAUUUUUGGAUAGUG